AUGUCUCCUUCUCCUUCGAACAGUAAUACUAAUACGAAUAACAAGACAAACGCUGCUGUUCUUCCCCUUCUUCCCCUUCGAGUGUUAUUUCCGAAGAGUGCAAACGCUCGACAGAGAGCGAUAUUGCACGAGUUCGCAUCGAAGAAUGGAUUGCUUCAUUAUUCCAUCGGAGAGGCUGAAAACAAAAGCAGACGAAUAGUUUUGGAAAGACCGGAUGAGAAAGAAGAAACGCGCUCCGGAAACAACACUGUUGAGAUCGACGAAGAUGAAAACGAUGGAACAAGCUUGUCGGAACCGACGGACGAAUAUCUGUGCGACAUUGUUCGCACGCACUUUCAGAUUGAUUUAAAGUCGUUCGACGAAUACGACAUCGUUGAGAAAAACGACGACGAACAAAAGAAGAAUAAUAAAAGCAGACAGACCAACGCGAGUACUAGUGCUGUGAGCAUCACCACGAUAUCGGAAUGGACGACAAAAACCUUACAUCUGUUAGAACUAGAACGCGUUGAAGAAAUCGCGCAGUCUUUAGACGCUUUGAAUACAUCCACAUCGAAGAAAAAAGGACAACACAAGAACGCACUCGACGGUUUGAAAAUCGUGGACGCGCGAGGUGGCUUACUCGGUCAAACCAUAGUUACGCUCGAAGUCUCGAAACGUAAAAUGACCGAAAAAGACUUUGCGCCACCAUUGCCGACGCAUUCAUUUACACCGCACGAUGUCGUCCGGUUACGACCUUCGAAUGUGAAAUUCGAAGAAAUGAGUACGAGUAAUAGCGAGUUACCACAAGGCGUGAUUUAUAGGAUUAGGGAUUCGAGCGUGGAACUCGCGCUGGAUGACGUUCCGGAAUUUCUCGACGUCUCGCCGUUGCGUUUGGAAAAACUCAGCAACGAGCAGACGCAUAAGAAACUCGUUUUGGCUGUUCAAGGCUUACAACAUGCCUUAGCUUCGGGAUAUUCGUUGGGCAAAAACAUUCUCGAGAUUGUCUUUGAAAGCGCGUCGCCUAGGAUUAUACACUGCGACAACGCAAACGCCGUUCGUUUUCAUCCAUUCAACGAAAACUUAGAUUGUUCUCAGAAAAGUGCCAUCCAGUUAUGUUUAGAUUGUGUCGACGUUGGCAUCAUUCACGGUCCUCCGGGCACUGGGAAAACGACCGCGGUCGUCGAAUACGUGUCUCAGGAAGUUGCCAGAGGGAACAGAGUUUUAGUGUGUUCAGCAUCAAACGUCGCUGUAGAUAACGUCGUUGAGCGCUUGUCGGGUGUAUCUAUAUUCAGAACGGCGACGGUUUCUGUUGAUAACAAGAAAAAGAAGGGACGACGCGAGCGAAAGAAGAAAGAUUUGUCGGUUGAAAUCGAAAUUCUUGCCGUGGAUGAUCAAAGCAAAACAAUCGUGCGAUACGGGCAUCCGGCUCGAUUAGCGCCCGCGGUACUAGACGCAUCUCUAGACGCGUAUAUUUUACGAUCCGACGAUUCAGCGCUCGCGAAAGAAUGUUCGGAGGACUCGAAGAAAAUACGCACGCGCAUAUCGAAACUCGAUUAUCGCAAAAAAGAGGACCGCGCGGAGCGCAACGAUCUCAGGAGAGAACUUCGCGAGUUGGCGAAAGAAGAAAAGAAACGUCAAAAAUUGGCGCAAGCCAAAACGUUGGAAAAAGCAUCUGUUAUUUGUGCCACACUCGCAGGGGCGUUAUCGUUUGCUUUAAAGAACGAGGAGUUUGACGUCGUCGUCGUCGACGAGGCGGCGCAAGCUUUAGAGUGCGCGGUGCUCGGAGUGGUCAUGAAGGGUAAAAAAUUGGUUUUAGCGGGCGACCAUUUACAGCUACCGCCGACGGUCCUCUCCGAUGAAGCUGCGCAGAAAGGGUUAUCUACGACGUUAUUUGAGCGAUUGGUGAGGAACAAGAGGUUUGGAGCUAAAAUUACGACAAUGCUGAAUACGCAGUACAGAAUGCACGAAGAUAUCAUGGUGUGGAGUUCAGACGCGAUGUACGAUUCCAAACUCAUCGCGGCUGAAUCCGUAAGGUUUCGAAAGUUUGAGCAAUUCGAUAAAGUUUUAACUCUGGUCGAUACCACAGGCGAGGACGAUAGUUUCAUGGAAAAUGUUGGCGACGACGACGACGAUUCAAAAUCAAACUUGGGCGAAGCGGAAAUCGUCAUGCAAACGAUCGAAAAGUUUCUCUCGGAUGCGUAUAAAAUACUCCCAAAUGAAAUCGGUGUUAUCACGCCGUAUUCGGGUCAGGUGAGUUUGUUGAGAGAAAUGCGCGCUGCACGCGCGGAAGAGAACGCACUGUUCAAGGAUAUCGAAAUAUCCACCGUCGACGGCUUUCAAGGACGCGAAAAGGAGGCGAUUAUUAUAUCCACCGUGCGUUCGAAUGAAAAUAACGAAGUUGGGUUUCUGAGCGAUGCGAGACGUAUGAACGUCGCCGUAACGAGAGCGCGCAAACACGUGACGUUGAUAUGCAAUUGUGAAACAGUGAGUAAAGAUACUUUUUUAGCACAUUUAGUUCAAUAUUUUGAAGAGAACGGAGAGCUUGUGUCGAGCGCACAGCUUCGUCUUUGA